CGAGGGAAGUAUAGGAGAGAAGGAGAGAGGAGGAGGAGUAUAGAAGGACGAGGAAGGAGGAGGACGGUGUGUAAUUGUUAGACAGGUGCUCAUCCAUUGAACAUCGCGUAGAAAACGGAGAGCAAUGGCGGUAGUUAGUUGGUAGCAGUGGAAGGUUGUUUGUUGUUGUUUUUGGUACUGUGUUAGUAGUAGUAGUGAACUGUUGUUUUUAGUAGGCCAACCAACCAGCCAACUAGCCAGUUUACUAUUCGGCACUGUAAAGAUCUUGAAGAACUGUUAUUCUCCAGAUGGAUAUUGGUAAUUGAGCCCUUUGUUUGGUGCCCUAUUGAAUCCAGAGAAUCUCUGCAACUAAGAAACUAAACUGCAGUGUAUAUAUAUAUAUAUAUAGAACAAAAGUGAUUCCUUUCUGUAUCGGAGUGAAUAUUUCUCUAGAAAGUUCUCCUUCAAAUGAAUGAUGCAGGCCCAAUACAACACUGGUCUUCAUUCGUAUGGUCAGUAACGCUCGGGACCUACGUCCAGUUUGCUCCAACACUAUAAACCAGCACUUCUUGCUCUCUGCGAUAUCAGUCAUUGUUGCUGUUGUUGUAUUACUCUUCUUCCUAUCUUUUUAAUACUGCUACUACUACUACUACACUGCAACAAUGUGGAGCGUUGAUGUUGAUUGUCACCAAUCCUCCUCCUCCUCACCACCACCGCCGCCGCCACCACCGCCGCCACCCCCGCCACAAGAUGGCACCAUGACUAAUUACAGUGGCAUGAGCCCUUCCAGCUCGGAGCCAACCUCGACAAUGCGCAUGGUCAACAGCAAAGGCAAGUCUCUCAACUGCAAUUUCUGCGGAAAGUCCUUCCUCUACAGCUCCCACCUUGCCAUGCACAAACGCAUUCACACUGGUGAGAAGCCGUUUUCCUGCGACUUCUGCAGAAAGACAUUUGCUUAUUCAUCGCAUCUGAAGAUGCAUGAACGACUGCAUACCGGGGAGAAACCGUUCUCCUGCGAAUUCUGUUCAAAGGCUUUUAGUUAUUCCUCUCAUUUAAAGAUGCAUAAACGGACACACACGGGCGAAAAGCCGUUUCCGUGUGACUUCUGUGAAAAGACUUUCUCAUAUUCUUCGCACUUAUCCAUGCACAGACGAGUGCACACAGGCGAGAAGCCGUUCACUUGCCAGUUCUGCAACAAGACCUUCAGCUAUUCCUCACACCUCAGAAUACACCAAAGAACACACACAGGGGAAAAGCCAUUUGUGUGUAAUUUCUGUGGAUCUGCCUUCGCUCUUUGUGGAACUCUUGUGAAACACAAGAGAAAGCAUGCCAACGCUGCCGACCCGGACUCGGUCGGAAUGUCUGGCAGUCAGAUGUCUGUCGCCGCAGAUAAUAAACAACCCAUGUACACGACCUGUUCUAAUGGCAGUUGCGGCAGUCUUUGUGUGGCUGCGACAACCUGCUGUGGUGGUGGGGACACCAGCGUUGCCAGCUGCUGCGCUGCUGUCGGCGGCGGCUGCAAUGCUUCCAGAAGUCGGAUAAUGGAACAGAACGAGAACACUCGGGAAGCUCUGGCCGUAGCGUCCGAAAUAGGAGUCGGCAUCAGCAUGGCCGCUGAGGCUGGGGUCAACGUGAAGAGUUUCGGCAAGACACCAUCACAGAUGGUAAGGAACCAUUUACACGGACACGGGCAUGCACAUGGACACAGCCACGGACACGGACACGCGCAUAGCCAUGGACAUAACCAUGGACACGGGCAUGGAGUUCGUGUGGACAAUACACGCCAUUGAAGUGUCUCAACAUAAUAACCCAAGUGACCAAAUUCUUUUUUCUAAAUGUUAGCUGAGAAAACACAAUAACCACCACAACCGCAAUGCAACGGUCAGUUUACGGACCAUUGUCGGUCGUGGGUCAUUACUACAACCAUACAUGAAAUAUAUAUAUAUUUAUAUAUAUACACACACACACACACACACACAAAACAAUAUACACAUCCAUGUGCACACUCAUAUACAUACAUAUAUAUAUAUAUACAUACAUACAUACACACACAUCCUCAUGAACUUGAAUAUACACCCCUCCCCCAAGAAAACUCAAAUAACUGCACUCAUACAUACAUGCCUUUAAGAACAUAAACAAGCAUUAACGACUUUUGUGUCUACAUACCUGACGUAUAACAUAUUUAUUGCAUAGAUACACACAGACCACAUCCGAGCAAAGUAGACGCAAGAAUAUGUAUUGCCAGAAUAUAUCAUUCAUCAUUCUACUGA